AUGGUGGAUACACAUAGCAAUGGUAACCCGUCCGGUAGUUGUGACCUACCGCCCGAAGUGGACCCUCGCCAACUUCUGGCAAUGAUUCAGGGACUGGCGACGAAUCAGCAGCAUCUGGCCGGGAAAUUGUCACGGGAGCCUCACCAGCAUCCUCCUCGCUCUGAACCUAGUGUUAGGGAGUUCCGGUAUAUGCGGCCUCCUUCUUUCUCUGGUGCCGAAGGACAUCUAGCAGCAGAGGAGUUCUUGAAGGUCACAGAGACUAUUCUCAUGGUGACCCGUAUUGCCCCUACUGAAUGGGUAGACCUUAUGGAUAUUCAGCUCACCAACACCGCUCGGAUAUGGUGGGCAGCUGAGAAGACUCAUCUGGAGAGACCAAUCCUAUGGGAGACGUUCAUAGAGCGCUUCAACAGGAAGUAUUUUCCUCAGUCGGCUCGGGAUGAACUCCUACGUAGAUUUGUUGAGCUCAAGCAGGGAGGCCGAUCAGUUGAUGAGUACGAGGCCGAGUUUUAG